GUCAAGGUUGACGGGAAGAGGGUCAAACAACGUAUGAUGGAGAUUGAACCGAGAGGGUUUAAAUAUGUCGUCACCACAACUUUGUCGGAGAAUCUUGGACAGGCCGGGAGAGCGGACAUGUCAUGUCAUUGGGAAGAUACCGACGUUGCAGUUCAGGAAAUGUACAGUAAUGAUUCUAUAAUAUUUGUGUGUGUGGCAUUGGCUAUCCGGGUGGUGUGA